GAUUAGAUUUUUUUCCCAAUUAAAUUGUUGCUCAAUUCUUUCAAUUGUUAAUUAUUUAUUUCUUUUUUACUAAGUUCAGUUAAAUUAAGUUAUAAUCUUAAAUUUGUUUGGCAAUUGGAACUUUACAAAUUUUUCCAUGUUAAUCUCUGAAUCUGUUUAAUACAAGAAAACCUCAGGCUCUUAACUUGUUGAUGGUUUUGUUAUGAGUUGAGAUUUUUUGAUUCUCUUCACUGUUUUCAAUUUCUCUUAAUUAUUUAUCACCAUAAUAUGUUUACAUCUUUAACCAUGAGUGUUUCUAAUUUACCAAACCAUUUUCUCUAUCAAAUCAAUAGAAAAUUAAUCUUGUCAUCUAGUUGGUCAAAUGGUUUAGUUUGUGAUGAUUCCUGUGGACAGUAGAUAUUCUCGUUCCAUGUUGAACGAGGAAACAAUGGUUAAUCAACAUGGCCCUUUGCCUAUUGAUUCUGUUGAUUUAUCAUCUGUUGGUAUAUCACCAGAAGAUCUUCCUCAUUAUUUGAAAUGUGUAGAAUCAAUUAAACAUAUGACUUCUUCAUUCCUUAAACCUCAACAGUCACCAUUGUCCCGUCCGAUGCAAAGGAAGUUAAUUAGUCUUUUACAAUGUCAACUUGUUGAAGGUGAAGGUAGAUUAAGAGCUAUGCGAAAUGCUCGUUCCAUCGGGGAAAGAGCCUUAUCUGAGCUUCUCAUUAAACACCAAGAUCCUCGUACAUUGAGUGCCAAUCUUUGGGCUGCUGUUCGAGCCCGUGGCUGCCAAUUUCUGGGACCUGCAAUGCAAGAGGAAGUUCUGAGACUUGUUUUGUUAGCCCUCGAAGAUGGGAGCGCACUUUCCCGAAAAGUACUCGUUAUGUUUGUCGUUCAAAGAUUGUCACCUCAUUUUCCCCAUCAAGCGAGUAAAACAGCAAUCGGUCAUGUUAUUCAAUUACUAUAUCGAGCUAGUUGUUUUAAAUUAACCAAACGAGACGGUGAUUCGAGUUUAAUGCAGCUCAAAGAAGAGUAUCGCAGUUAUGAUGCUCUAAGACGAGAACACGAUAAUCAAAUUGUCACAAUCGCUCUGGAAGCAGGUUUAAGAAUAUCACCUGACCAAUGGUCAUCUCUUCUUUACGGUGAUCUAGCUCAUAAAUCACACAUGCAAUCCAUCAUCGACUCUUUGCAAUCGCCAUCAUCUUUUCAACAAUCAAUCACUGAAUUGAUCGCUGCUCUUCAACGAACUGGUGACCCAGCAGGACUGACCAAUCUUAAGGAACAUUUUGAAAAGUUAGCAAACAUUGACUUGGGUAUUAAUAAUGAGCAUCCUACUCAUCCAAGUCAUGCUGAAUUAUCUUCAAUCCUGGAAUCAUCAAAAAUUGUCACUGCUCGAUUAAUUGAAUUUCUGCACAACCAUGCCUCAGGAUUAUUCCGAUCUAAUACCAAUCACAGGUCACCUUCAAUCACCACUCUUCCAAGUAAUUUGGUUCAAAAUCGAGUUGGUAGAGUGAAAUCACUUCCUCUUGUCUCAUCAACAAUCAGCCAAUCAUCUUCAUCGCCAAUUCAAAGUCCUACAGAGAAAUCGACCUUUCAUCUUAUUCCAGCUCGGCCAAAAGACGUUGUUACUCAUCGACCUUGUUCUUCCAUUAUAACCAAUCGUACCAUGAAUUCGUUGGUCUCUCAUCCCCAAUUGACCUCACCUCCUUCUCCUCCUGUUGCUUUAAACUCUUACCAUCCAACAGGUUAUCCUCCUCCGCUCACAACUUCAACCUUAUCUCACCAUCAUCACAUUACUGUCUCUCCUCCUUAUCUUAUUGCUGGACAUUCAAAGUUUCCUAUCGACAGUGACUCAGUUUCAUCUAAAUCUAUCGCCCUUACAGCUAUUCCUACAAUCUUGGUUGACCCAAACACAGGUCAUCGCCAUCAUCAUCCUAGUCCUGUGUCCACGGCCAUAUUAAGCUCACCCAAAAUAACUGGGGUCAUAUCAACUCAAAUCUCACCCAUCGCCCUUGAAACGCAUCCAAACUUAUCACCUCGUCCACCUUUCACCUUACCAACUGCCGCACUGCCUUCCGAUGAAGAUCAAUUCAUACCGUUCGAUGAGAGACCUUUUGUCUCUAAAUAUGGUCCAAUCUCUCGAGCGAUGAAUCUGAUUAACACACCAACCGUUGCCAGUCCAGGAUCUAAUUCUCAGAGAAUAUGUAAUAACAAUAAUUUUAUCGGAAACAGUGCCACAGAAACACAACCCACCAACGUAAUCCUUGGACGACCUUUACCCUCCCUAACCCUUAUCCAACCUCUCCAACAAUUGGUAUUAACAGCUACCUCAGCCAUUUUAACUGACGAUUCACAAUCAUAUGGCCAUAAUCAACCCGAUAGACUCCCAGACAACCCAUAUCCCGAUGCAUCAGUUGUCCAUCAAGUUAACAAUGUUGCUCCUGCUAUAUCAUUAGCUUAAUAACAUUUUUUUUUGUAAACAAAAGGAAAAAAACACUCAUGUUGAGUGUUGAAUAGAUCACAGGGAAUGCAACAGAUAAAGAAGAUCAAACAAACGAAAAAAAGAAAACAAGUGAAAACUAGUUGGAAUCAGAUCGUAAAAAACACAACUCGAGAUAAACAAUACGACCAAGUUCAAGGAAGAUAAUAUUACAAGAGGAAAAACUCCCGAGUGAUAUAAAUAUAUAUUCUCAAAAUUUAAAAAAGUUAAUCAAAAAUAGAUAAAAGUGAAGAAGAUAAACAAUUUGAAUCAAUUACUUUGACGAUUACGAAAAAAAAGACACAAGAAAACCUGAUGAAAGGAAUGACAAAGAUACCUCAAUCGCUUCUCAUCUUGCUUCCCUUUCGCUGCCAUUAACAAACAAAAAUUAACUAUUUCAUGUAUUAUAUUAAUAAUUGACCUUAAUUGUCCCUCUUUUUGGUGCAUCACCAUUGUCAUCGUUAUCGUCUUCAUCAUCAUGUAAUCUCCCUCCCUGUUAUCUAAUCCCAUCUUCAACUUUACCUCUUCAUGUUCCUUGCCUUUGGGUCUCGUUUCUUCAUUAAUCAUCAACUUGAUUCUUAAUUAUUAUCAUACUAUUAUUAUUAUUAUUGUGUACAGCUUAAAUUGCCAACGAAAAUAAGUUGAUUGUUAAAACUAUGGCUUAAAUUUACAAAAGUUGAAGUAGUUGCGAUAUAAACAAAAAAGACAAACUCAUUAUAGUUAAAUGUAUAUUUUCAUCUGGUAAUUGAUAAUUUUGUUCAAUUCAAUUACCGAUAAUUGUAGUUGCAUGAUUUUAAUCAAUUGUUUUUGUUUCCAUGCUCAUCAUCAUCAUCAUCAACAACAACAACAAAUCAACCAACAAUUAGUAUCAACUAUCAAACUCAAACUAAAAGAACUUUUAAUUUUUUUUAUUCUGACAAAUUGCCUGGAUAUUAAUGACGAAGAUGAAACAAAAAAAAUAAGCAAAAUCCCAAAUCAAUUAUUGAUACAAUUCUGAUAACUGUUUAAUCAAUUAAUUGCUUCUUAAUUUUAUUUUCUGUGUCUUCAAUUAAAAACGAUUAACAGCCAAACAAUUAAACGCCCUUUACGAUGUUAAAUUAACAAUCAAAUAAAUGUUACAAAUUGCUAUCGGCAAAUAAUAAUAACAACAAAUGAUUAUUAACAAAUUGAACCAUUUCAAGUGA